AUGGCUUCAACAAACAACCCCGACACGGCUUUGGCGGCUGAACCCGGUGUACCAUCUUCCACUCCACCCCUCCAGGCAGUGCGGUCGCAAAAGUUACCUCCUCCAGAACCAUCGGAAAGCAUCUGGCUGCGGCGGCUCGCGAUCCUCUCCUUUUGGUCUGUCGUGGUCUUCCUCGGGCUCCCAAUAUGGCUCAAGACGACGGCCGUGUACAGGGCGGAACUGCCGCUGCAAGACAUGACGGACUGGGCUGAGGGCAGGGUGUGCAAGCCAGUGUUUCCCCUACGCAUCGCCAUUGAAGCUCCUAUGUCAUCCUCAGAUGCGCAACAGUUGAUACACAUGACGCAACAGACACUGGACAGUUUGAACGAAUUCCCUGCGCACCAGCUGCGCCUGCUCCUUGCCGACGCACCAGCCCCCGCGAACGCCUCCCAACAAGUCGUCAGUGAUGGAACAAGCAUUGGGAGUGAUGGUGAAGAUGCUACGCUGCGGUCAUUUUCACCCACACUGGAUGUCUACUACUCUGCGGACCAAGUACCCAGAGGGGCGACAGCGGACUCACCUCUGGUUGGAUUCGUGGCACAAGAGCUGAAGAAGCUGUUCGCCGAGGAGCAAGCCAGAUUAGCGUACUCGAUAUCUGCUGCCCCGGGGACCGACACGUCCAAGUUGCCGCCCCUCUCGCACGAGCACUUCGCAGAGCUUGAGCGACUCUCUACACGCGCUCUGAAGUAUGCUCCGACAUACCACUUGACUUUCUCGCUCUUCACUCCUUCGUAUGCUCCGUCAGCCUGGGACAUAGAGGCUGCUUUACAAACUUACUUGCAACCUCUACUUACAUCUUUUUCUACCAUCAGCAACUUUACCGUGGACACGCAGGUCCAGCUCUACGCGUCCUUUUCUCCUUCGAUUAGCCAACCAGAAUUCGACGAUAACCUCAAGGCCUGGACACUUCCCAAAGAAGACCUCAGCGGGUUCAUCAAUGCCGCUGAAUGGCCUCUCAGCCCUAGCAUUGGCGAAGGCCCAACUGUCAACUUCGUCCUAUAUGUGCCAGAACGAACGCAGUCUCCUCUGCUCAUCAAGGAAAAUUCAGGAAACAGUUGGUUGGUGCCACAGUGGGGCGGAGUUCAUAUCCUCAAUCCUGGUGGUGAGGCGACCCCAGAAAGCCUGACCAGUGAUGCCCUCGCACCAGCUAUGCACGCCUUCUCAGACCAGCUCAUCUCAUUACUGGGACUUCCACAAGCUCCAGCCUCCUUGCCGCUCCGCAUAUCGACUCUGGAGCGUAUUCGAGCUGUUUCGCUUAUAACUUCCACCUCAUCCACUUUAGGCGCGCUCGCACAGGUUUACCAGAAACUUCCGUCAAUCCCGGUCCCGGACAACGUAGCUCAGUCAGUUGCCCUGACUAUGACACAUCUGCAGCACGCGUGCGAUUUUCUGCAACAGGGUCGCUUCCAGCAAGCACUCGAGAAUGCUAGGGUGGCGCAGGUCGAGGCAGAGAAGGCCUUCUUCGAGCGGUCUAUGGUCGGCCAGGUCUACUUCCCGGAUGAACACAAAGUCGCCGUGUAUCUCCCACUCCUUGGCCCAGUUGGUGUUCCCCUGAUCAUGGCAGCAUUGAAAGAAAUCAAGGCAGCGAUGAAGCGAGGUUGA